GUCUUAGUCCUGCUGUCAUUAUUGUAGUUUCUUUAAAACAUCAAUGAUUUACAUUGCAGGAGUAUGAGGGACAGGGACACUGCAUCCAGAUCACCUCAAUGAGCUGAAGUGUUGGGUGCCUACAGUGUUCCUAUUAAAACCCUCAAUACAUAGUGUGUGUGUGAACUCAUUUGUCCCAUCGUUCACAUGGCGUCAGAUACCAAAUGGAGGUUAAUAAAACAAACACACAGACACAGAGUGGAUUAACACCCACACUAAGGCCUGGACUCGUACCUUUCUCUGGCGCCUCCUGAACCCCCCGGAUCACACAGCGCCCAGGGAGCUGGCUCCCGCCUGCAUCCAGCCAUGGUUUCCCGUUGUACAUUGUCACGAAGCUCCGUGCCCUCUCCGCUCGGACAGUCACCGGGCAGCAGCAGGUCCCCCCAUUAGCUGCUCCCCGUCUUUCCGGCCGGUGGCGGAAGUGAAAACACACGAAUCCCGCACUCUCCGCGAACUGACUGAAAUAGUUGCGUAGUUGGGCCGAGCGAAACGUGUGCGGAAUCCCACUAAUCAAGAACAGAACCGAGCUAUCCGGGCCGGCCAUCAUGCUACAGGAAGUGACCGCCGCCAUCUUGGUAAAGAAUACAACGUACUAGCUCGGCGCCAUCUUAGUGGGGGACACGGGUAGCCUUCUUAAUGGGAGGGGCGAACCCUUGUCACGCGGGCGCACUCCAUCUUACCAAAGACUACAGUGCGGCCUUUCUGGAACGUUCGCCGAUAAACGCGUGCGGGGUGUACCGAAGGCGAAGCUCACCGAGCGCAAUAGCCGCUUGUCCGCUCUGCGAUUGGCUGCUGCCUCGCGUUAUGGAGUGUUGGUGAUUGGGAUAGGCCAGUAGGGGAUUCUGUCAGUUGGCCGCUGUAUCGGUCACUAUAGCAACCCUGCCUCACGCUGAUUGGCUGCCGGCGGUAGGAAGUGGAACUGAGGCUCCCGGUAGUAGAGCAGCGUGUGGCUGUGUGUGCAGAGCUAUGGCUGGGGCGGCCGAGGAUGAGCGCUUUGACGGGAUGCUGUUGGCCAUGGCCCAGCAACAUGACGGGGGUGUACAGGAGGUGAGCGCCCCACUAACACUGCUGCUAUACCCCGCCAUGCAGGGUUUAUAGAAAGUGAAUCCUGCCUUCAUUCAUUCUGGGUGAUGGAGCUUAAAAUGGCUCUUCACCCAACUUCACAGUGGAUGACCUGUCCCAAAUUCAGUGGGGGAACUACAACCCCCCACCCCCCUCGUGGCACCCGUCUUACAACGCCCACCAUGCUUUGCCAGCUGGGGAUCUACCAUCUGCCCAUCCAUGCAGGGUUUGCAUAGAGUGUGUGUGUGUAGGGAUGUGUUUGUAUUGACAUGUAGUGGUGUAGUGUUUGAAUGCAGGGGUGUGUUUGUAUGUAAUAUGUUUUAGAUUGCAGGAAUGUGGUUGCAUGUUGUGUUGGUGUAUGCUUGGAUGUGUGAGCAUACAAUGCCACAUACACUGUGUGUAUAUAUGUCAGAGUGUGUAUUUUUUUUUUAUAUUUGCAAUUACCCUCCUUUUAGCAUACCUUUUUGUGUUCAGGAGGGUGGCUUGCUUGGAACCUGCUUCUUCUUGAUGCAACUAAUAAUGAGAGCUAUGGAAUGGAUUGUACAAAACAAGACAAAGUAGGGACUACUUGUCUUAUGGAGGUUUCCUACUCCUUACUAUCUCUGACCAGCGGAGGAGAAUAGUGUGCUUCAUUUCCGGUGGUCAGAGCAAUUUUCCCACAUUUGUCCCCUUUCCUCGGUGUUCCCAUGAAGCCUCCUUUCACUUUCCCAAAACAUCCUAUCAUUUAGACAGAACGCCGGCAAAACUACCGAAUUGCGUCCUAACAGAAUGAGAACAGUUUUUCUCAUUGGUCUUUCAGCCAAAUUUACUAAAUAAAUAUUACUUAGUAUUAGUAAAUUCUGUGGCUGCUCACUGGUUAAAAAAAAAUAAAAAUAAAAAAAGUAUCCCCCACCCGUGCUGCACGAGUUGGGGCUAUUAAACGGAAGGGGGGACCUAGCGUUGUCUGCCCCCACCCCUAAGUGGCGGGUAGGGACCCUAUAUCUCAGUGUGAGGGGACCUAUUGUCCCCCCCAACCCUGAGCAGCGGGUGGGGGGACCUAUUGUCUUCCGGCCCCACCCCUGAGUGGCGGGUGGGGCCCUAAAUAACAAUGAGGGGGGCCUAUUGUCCUUCCACCCCUAAGCAGAUGGUGGAGGCCCUAUUUAACAAUGAGAGGGGGGACCUACUGUCCUCCCCCUGGCCCCCACCCCAGAGCGGCGGGUCAGGGUCCUAAAUUAGUAUGGGGGGGGGACCUGAGAGGCGGUGCAGGCCUUAAAUAACAAUUCCAAAGAGCUUUCCCACACUCUAAAAUGACAGAGCACUCUGGUUGGAUUUCAAUUUGAAAUCCAACCAAUCAGUGCCCCCAUUUAGGGCCCCUACCCGCCACUCAGAGAUGGGAGGGGAGGACAGUAGGUUCCCCCCUCCCCCUACAUUCUGAUUUAGGGCCCCCACAUGCUGCUCAGGGGUGGGGGCCGGGAGGGGGACAGUAGGGACCACCUUCAGUUUAAUAGCGCAGGAGGGAGGGAUACUUUUUUUUUUUUUUUUUUUUAAACAGUGAUCAGCCACAGGCUGCUCACUAUUUACUAGACAUGGCCAUACUCGCGAUAUAGUAAUAUUUAUUCAGUAUUAGUAAAUUUGUCUGAAAGACCAAUUUAAGUCUUUCAGCCUUUUGGUAGUUAACUCCCUAUUUACUAAGCGACUGCAAGAUGCAGCCGUGGCACGAAUAGGAUCGGAAUUUCAUUAAUUCGAAAAAAUUCUGUUUUCUGUGAUGCCUGUUAACCUUACAAGACAAACAUACCAAAUUCUAAAAUCAUUACUUGGCAAUUCCACAGUGUUGAACGUACAAUUUAGUUUUUUUUUUUAUCCCCAUGUAGCUGUUUAAUUAUCUCCUUAUUUCUUUGAAAAGUUAUGCUUUUCAAAGCAUAACUGGAAAAUAUUUUGUUAUAAGAAUUUCCUCUUAUUUUAUUUAACUUCUUAAAUUUGCAAAAUAAUCAUGGCGUCAGAUGUAAAACACAAAAGACUGAUUAAGGUAAACGAUAGUUUGAAGUCAAAACUCUGUAAAAUAUGGAAUUUUAGAGCAGGAAAGUAAUAUUUUUUUUGUGCACCCUAUCAUUUUGUAAUUUAUUUAGAAGUAUAAUUCAUUUAAAAAAAACAUACAAAGUCCUGAUCAGGACAUUUUUGAAAUCAAUAAAAUUAUCACAGGAAUUGGAAAAACACGUGGAGUGUACCCUAUUUUUCUUUUUUUUUUUUUUGGCGUGUGUGUCAGACGUAGAUUGUCUGAAGAGUAUUGUUUUGGAACAUAAAACUAGUAUUAAAGAUUAAAUGUACUAUGUAUUUUUUUUUAUUAAAUACAUGGAUUUGAACUUACUAAAUAACCUCAACAUUCCAGUAGAAAUACAGAAAAUAAAACAUAAAAAAUAUUCGAUUACAUCAGUUUUAAUCUAUGGGACUUUUAGACAUAUAAUGAUCCCUUGUAGCUCCACAGGGAAUGGCAGCUUUAAUUUUUGUGAUAAUUCCCUGUUUCUGAUGGGUGCAUUACUUUUUUCAUCAGCUAUGUUAGGCUUACCCAACUGUAUCUCAUCAGGACAGAGGAUAUAUUUAUACCUGACCACAACACCGUUUUUGAAUUUUAGCCCAUCAGUAGAAUAAAAAUUCUGAUUGCUCCUUAUUGUCAGGUGUUAGCAGUACAUCACCAUCUUUAGAGGAGGUGUAAUCAUCUAAUUUUUACUUUCAUUUUUGACCCUACACUCACCCAAAUAUAUUUUCUGGUAAAAGUAGCAGAUACAUAAUGAAUGUUAUGUGUGUUUGAGACAGAAGUUGUAUAUUCUAACUCAGGGGUCCUCAAACUCCGGCCCCCCAGAUGUUGCUGAACUACAACUCCCAUGAUUCUCUGGCUAUCUAUGUAAUUCAAAGAAUCAUGGGAGUUGUAGUUCAGCAACAUCUGGGGGGGGGGGGCGGAGUUUGAGGACCCCUGUUCUAACUUUUCAUAGACUUUUUUUUUUUUUAUUGGCAUUUUUACAUGAUUCCAGACACUUAACAAUUCCUCAAAUUCCAUCCACAACAACCUUUCCAUGGGCUGUUGCGAAAAAAUGCCAUGAAAUUGUUCUGUCAAAUUUCUUUGGUAAUACAUGCAGUACUGUAAUGGCAGUGUGGUCCAAAUUGGUUGGUUUCUGAUUUAUAGAUUUUGUCACUGGCCACUCUCAGCCAAUCAGCGAUGCCACUACCCAUUCUGCAAAAACUUUUUUUAGAAAACGGAAGGGCAGAGCAGAGAGAUCUGCUCUGGAACACAUACUUUUGGGUUAAACCAUUCGAUAAUGGUUUAACCAGUUAAGGUGAGCCAGUGCCAGGGACCUCCUGGCACCAAAUACAAUUUACUUUUGAUGAAGUUGUUAUGGUGCCCAGAGUGUUUCUUUAGGGGUUAAAUGCUUUUAUUUUGUCGUUCUACAUUUUGCAUGUUCUCUUGCCUUAUACACAUUGCACAGAUAAUUUAAUGCGUCAUUAUUUUACUCCCAUUGCAGUUGGUGAAUACAUUCUUCAGUUUCCUGAGGCGGAAGACUGACUUUUUUGUGGGUGGCGAAAGUGGAGCAGCGGAGAAGGUACAUGAGUGUUAUUUUAUUUUCCUCUUUGUUUUGGGGGUUAAUAUAAAACUUCAAACAAAUAGGGUUUACCUGAUGCCUGUAUUCAUUCCAGCUCAUCCAUGAAGCCUUUAACCACCAUAACAAACUUUCUCGUGCCACUCAAGAAAAAAUAGAGGCUGAGAAGAGGGAGGCACAAAAGCGGGAACAUGUGGUAAAGCAAAAACCAAUGGAACGGGAUGAGCCCAGGAUCACAGAGCUGACUGAUGAAGAAGCAGAGAAACUUCAAAAAGAGAUUGAUAAGGUUGGUAGUUUAGUGAGUCUGAAACACUGUUUUCUUAAACAGUACAUACUUCUAUCCAUAUAUUUUAAAUUUUUCUUAGGUUAACCUUUGUUUAAGGGGCAGUCUAAGCACCAUAACAAUGUUAUAGGUUUGUGAUGUAGAGGCUACCUGCGCCAACUCUCCGUUCUUAAAGUAGCUUACAGUGAAAAACUGUAAACAUCACUACCACUGUUAGCCAGCUUUGCAAAGCAGUCUGUCUGGCAGAACUUGCAGUUCUGGUCUUUCUGCAUUCAUUUUAAUGAUAUUGUGAGUGCACGCACAACUUAGCCAAAGCUCCUUGGAGAGCAAGCCAUGGACCUUGCAUGCACAGCCCCCCAGCUCUCUCAAUCAAUUCAGUGAGCCAUGCUGUGAAUAAGCUAACCACUGCAACAUUAUGGCUGGCAACUUGGAGCAGAGGAGUUCCACUCAUGUUGUGUGAUGAGUGGAACAGCUUGUGUGAAAAAAGAGCAGACCCUAGAAACCAGAAUGAAAUGUUACGGAGUGUUGUGCUUCUUCCUGGUGAGAGAGUAAUUUUGAUGUUUCUAUUGCUACUACAGGCAAAGAGAUUUUUAUUUUUUUAAUGCAUUUAAUUACACAGUGCAUAAAAAAAUAGUGGGUCAGUUACCUCGUUCGGGGAAACCUGUACAGGCAACCCUCUAAUCGGCGCAACCCUCAGAAUAUGGUGCGGAGUGCGCUACUCCAAGCAGCUCACCACAUCCCCCAACCCGCUCACACCUAUCAUGCACAAUCCAAAACUAUCAGGCGGGCUGCACCCCGCCACUCUAAAACUUGCACCAGUGGAGCACUGGAACCGGCCUCAAACCACUGGCUGACCUGAUGCCAGACCAGAGACCGACGGCUCUGGAUGAAUUUCACUACAACCAGAUUAGGACCUACUACGCCGCCAUGAAGAACAAAGAUCACCUGUACCGGCCCCUACUGUUCCUCGAGCACCUAUGCACGUCCAGGCAACAACUCGCCCAUGGGAUCUCAAACCUGCACUCUGCCCUUUUUAACAAAUGGAAAUAAGGACUCACUGGGAUUCACGGAGAAAUGGGAGCAUGAGACAGGGGUUGAACUCACGGACCUAGAGUGGAACAAAAUGUUCAUGCUGAAACAUAAAUGUUCUAUCAGUUCGAAAUAUCAGCAAAGCAGCUACAAAAUAUUGACUUACUGGUACAAGACACCGGAUGUACUCUGGCACGUGCACGACUCCAUACCCGGUGAAUGUUAGCGAUGCGGAACAGAAGGCCUACACAUCUGGUGGACAUGCCCUGUUAUCGCCCCAUACUGGCAGAUGAUAAAUCAUAAGCUCCAAGAAGACACAGACUUGCCAGACGAGACUGCAGUUAAAAUACUUCCCUUGGAAGAGCCGAGAUUCGGCGAAGUUAGUGGGUGGUGGAGUUUGACAGGGAACGAGACUGCAGUUAAAAUACUGUUUACUCCAGUUUACCACUCAGCUUAGAUGAUUUUACGAUGUACUGCUAGGCAGCCGGUUGAUAGUUCGGCUGCCGUUCUUAUCACUGAGAGGAUUAGAUAUUUUGCCAAUAAGGUGGCUUAGAGAGUUGGGAGGAUUAUAUGUUUGGAACCACUGAGAUUACCAUUAACAGGGUCCUCUUAUUCUUACCCUCUAUAUACCCCGUAGCCACGGAUGCUGCCACCAGACAAGGGCAAUUAAGGCUAUCCAUAUUUGCUUUUUUUACCUCUCAGCCUUAAAUAUUAUUUUACAUACACUUUAUAAUUUUAACCUAUGAAAAGUUAUAUUUUAAUUUUAUAUGUACAACCUAGGGUUGCUGCUAAUGUACCAGUACUGGUUGGGGAGGCUUGUAUGAAACCUCUUUUCUUCUUUCUCCCCCCUUUUCUUGGCUUUAUUUAUUAAUAGGGUUUACCCCAAUUCUUAUACAGCAACCUGACACGCUCUCUCUACUCCUUCUCCACUUUAUUCCCUUAUCCCUGCACAUUGGAAACGUACAGUUGCACCCACCUUCCAGCAAUGGGUAGGCAGGGUGGAGGACAUACAUAACAUGGAAAUGAUGACUGCCUCCCUGCAGGGACGCUCUGACAGAUGCACUCUUACCUGGUACCCGUGGACGGAAUUUGUAUCAAGACACAGACACAACAAUCCUCCUCUCACGCAACUGGACCGACCGCCGGACCGUACACUCAAAUGGGCAAGGGGACGUACCGUUACGGGGCAACCUACACAGACACCAUACAGCUAGCAGGUUACACAACCGAUGCAGGCUUGACUGCUACACAGACCUCCGUACAUCCGUUGCCCACAACGGGGGACCCUUACAACCCCCACACAGACCCUAAGCUGAGGGUUCGCGCAUACACACGAACCUCGGGGUCCUGUCAAGCCCAAGAUCAGCUCUAACAGGACGAGGUGCAGGACCACCCAAAUGCCAACCCCAAAAGGGGAAACUGGAGGUUAGGCAGCCCUCAAAGGCUGGCUCCAUCCCACAAGGGCUACGGUUAAAACAGUUGCAUAGUAAUAAGGGAACUCCAAUAAGAGACAGGGAAACAACCCGAAAGGUGCCCUAUAGAGGGCUGGAAAGAACACGCAGACACGAACUUGCCUACACCCCAGGUGCAUACUACCAAGGUGGCCCGUACAAUCUAACCCUAUCACUACUGUAAUGGAUCACCUGGCACUCCGUCUGGGCACCUCUGUUGAAGGAUACUCCUAGCGUUUCCUGGGCGCCAAGCACUCUAGCAGACACCACAACCACCGAACCGUAGAAGCAUAUGAAUGAUCUCAAGCAUAUGAAUGCUGUAAACAGCUGAACAGGAAAAGCAUACAAUCAGCUUACACUCCUGGCAAUCGGCAUACAAUCCAAUUUCCCCAAUAACGAGACGACUCUUCGUUUUGAGGUCACGCAGAACUGACUGUACUGGCACAUACAGCCUCUUUUAUUCCCAAUCCACAAACUUAGUACUGCACACAGGGUUUUACAGAACAACCAAUAACACACGUACAUUACAGAAAACACUCCCAGCAAUUGUACACAAAAUCCUCCCGCUUGCCUGUGAUCUAAUUAUGGGACACAAUGGGUUAACAUAAUUAUCUCAAGCAGGAAAAAUACAGUCUCAUAAAACACAUCACAGGGACCCCAAAACAUGCAAUAACCCCGGAACUGGGUGAACCACAUAUCCAAAAUUCACCCAGAUCCGUUCAGUAGUUUGGAAGAUACAGUUUAAUGCAGAUUCCGCAGAACAUAUACAGGCUAUAUGAAAAACAAUUACUGUAUAAUGUGUCCCCUGUUAUAUAGUCUAAAACCACUGCACGUUGUCUCUGUGCACCGGCGAGAUGGCACCGUGUUGAAAAGUCCACACAGUGUCUUUGAGUUAAAAUGGCCGCCAUGUGCUUCAUCCAUUGUUCUCACCAUGUGCCUCUGAUAUAUGAAAUGGUGGCCACCCAGUAACUCCACUGUAUGUCCCCAGAUGGUUCUUAAAGGGCCAGCAUCAGCACAACGCAAAUCCAUUAUGCCCAAAUCAUGUCUUUAAAGGGCAAUACAUCCCAGGGGCCAUAGUCACAUGGCAGGAGGCUGGCAAUCAGUCUUCUCCAAUGCCCAGUGGCGAGGUCGGUUUCGCCACAACUACCACCACAGGGGGCACACCAUGCACCUAAGGAAGAUUACGGCCACUCACCUGAUAGAUCCAAUAAGGAGUAGGUUCUUUGACCGCCAACUCACACCUUACAACAGGUUAAAUACAUUAUACACGAUGCCAGCCAAGAGACAACCGGAACAUUCGGAGAUAAAAUUGCCACAGUUUCCUCCGAUUUAACACUAGAAAACAAACCACAGCACAAACAGGAAGCCUGGCGCAACCUAAACACCAAUAUACGCUAGAAAGUCGCAGAACUGCUCUGCACUAUUAGCCAAACCUAGGUUAACUGCUACAUAUCAGUUAAACACCGAACUGAACGGCCAUACACGUCCACAAGGCACUCGAGCAGUGUUAUUGCUUAUCAGAAGAUACUCUACUAACAUAUAAUGCUGUCACUGUUUAGAUGUUAUAAACUGGACUAACUCCUGGGAUACAAAAUGUCGUAAGUACCAAAUCUGUUAUGCACCCUGACCCCUCUCAUUUUUACUUUUUGUACCCAAUUGCGCACUGUUUAAAACAAAAAAGAAAAACCACAAUAAAAAUUGAUUGUCAAAAAAAAAUAAAAUAGGUCAGUUUAUAAAGUUAACAUCCCUUAAAAGGUCCAUAAUGUAAGCACUUAUUCACAGACCGGUCUGUUUAAUUCAUAGAACAAAGCUGAACGGAAAAAUGAGACUGACCAGAGUCCAAACAAAAUACAGCAGUUGGAAUCUCAAAAGGUACGGUGACCUAAAUAGCACGAGUGAAGGAAAGUUGGUAGAGUCACAUAAUAUGAGUUAAGGAGAUUAUUUAUUUUCACAGGAUGAAGAUGAGGAUGUAGAAGAUGAGAAGGAUAAAGGGAAGCUCAAACCAAAUUCAGGGAAUGGAGCAGACCUUCCCUAUUACCGGUGGACACAGACUCUGUCAGAAGUAGAUGUAAGUACAUCUUGAGAUACACAGCCGAACAUCAUUCUAGUGUUCUGAAAUGAAAUCUGCAAAAAAAAAAAUGUAGUAAAGUAGGGUGCUAAAAACAAAUUACCAACUAAAAACAUGUAAAAGCUGCACAAUGUGUGUAAAGCACAAAACGUAUUCAUACAAAACCCAACAAUAAAGUGCGCUGUGUCUUUAAGACUAUAAUAUGUACCAUAAAUUUCAAAGUGCAAUAAAAUAUAUAUAUAUAUUGAAAAAGUGCAACACAAAGUAUAAUACACACAAGUACACAAAAUAAAAAGCACUAUGCAAGAAAAUACAAUAGUAUUGUGCAAUGUGCCAAAAUAUAUGCAAGAAAACAAAUAAGCACUCUACUUACAUAAAUGUUAUUCACAUGUGCUAAGCUAAAUAAGCUAGUAUGUCUAAAACUGCCAGUUGUGCAAAUAGAGUAUCUUAUAAAAGAGACAAACCAGUAUUGCUAAAAAUAGUAAUGAAAUAGAAAUAUCAGGAAAAGCACUCACAAGGGUAGAGCAGAGAAGUCUGCUCUAACUUAGAUUGUUCCAGUGUAUUUGCAGACUAGAGGCUUUGAUAAAAUCCAAAUACUUAAUUGAUACAAUAAAAAAAUGCAGGCAGGUGGGUAAACCCUCUGACCCACUCUGGUCCCUUUGGUUCGUUCUGUCACACGCCGGCUUUACCUGACUCCAGGAACCGGGAGCCGCUUCUGUGCUUCCAAAUUUCUGUGUGCGUAAUGGCGUCAGGGCGUGAUCAUGUGUCUCGCCAAUGUCAUGUUUCAUCAGAUCAACCAUCUCUCAGUCCACAUGCUCUGUUUAAAUCCAAAAGGCGGGCGUGAAUUGCCCAAAAAGUCUGAAAGUUGUGCAAUAUGGUUAGCUAUAAUACAAGACCUCAUUUACAUGACGAAGUAAAAUCGGCAGUCCCAAUUCUGGCAGAAUGAAAAUACACAAUAGAGGAAUAUCACCUAAAAAAAAUGCUCCACACAGUGGUGGAACUAAUGCAGAGAGUGCCCUGGUUCAAGAAAUUAUUUUGGUCCCCACAGCACAAGGGUGGCCAAAAGAUAGAUUCCCAUCUGUUAUUCAUAUCCCAUGAUGCAUUGCCAGCUGGGGAUCUACCAUUUGAUAACCCUUGCAGGGAUUUACUUGUGAGCAAUUUUUAUGGGUUUGAAGGUAUUUAUUAUUAAUAUUUAUUAUUUGCAUUUAUAAAGCGCCAAGAUAUUCCACAGCGAUGCAUGCAUGUUUAUUUAUGGAGUCUGUGUGUGAAAUGAAGGGGUCUAUUUGUGUAUAGUUUUGGCAUUUGAAUGCAGUUGUGUGUUAAUAUGUACUGUUGCUGCUUACAAGCAGUGGUGUACAUGUAUUGCGUUUCAAUGCAGGGGUGUGUUUGCAUGUAGUUUUGGUGUUGGUAAAUAAUGCUGGUGUUUUAAUACAGGAGCGUGUGUGUUUGUAGUGUUUGCAUUUGAUAGGAGUGUGUAAGCAAAAAUGUUAAAAUAUAAAGAAUAUUAAGUGACAGUAUAGUAAAACAGAAAUAUUACAAAUGCUCCACAUAGAUGUUCAUACAAAAACAAAAUAACAAAUUUAAAAUAAAACCUGAUAAUUACCAACUCCUACUUACAUAAACCUAAUACUGGGAGGGAAUGAAAAGAAAAUUAAAACAUAGAAACAGUUUUCUAUGUACUAAUUCUUAUUUCUUUCCAAUUGGUAGAUAUUUUAUAUACAAUUUAUUGCAUAUAUUUACAACAGUUGUUUUUAUAGUAAUAUUUAAGUAGGAUUUGGUAAUUCUUUUUUUAUUGUAUGGACAUCUAUGUGGUGCUUUAACAUUUGUUUACUAUACUAUCACUUUUUAUUCUUUAUAUUGUAAAAUUUUUGCUUUUGUAUGAAUGUUUGUGGAGCAUUUGUAAUAUUUUAGGUGAUAUUCCUCUAUUGUGUAGAUUAAUUAUGCAAAAAUUGGUUACUGACGAUUUUACUUCCUCAUGUAAAUGAGGUUUUCUAUUGUCUCCAACCAUAUUGCAGGACUUAUGGCAAUUCACGCCCACCUUUUGGAUUUAAAUAGAGACUGUGGCCUCAGAGAGGGCUGAUCUGAUUAAGCCAAUGACAUCUGUGAAAUAUGUCAUCACUCUCUGACAACAUUACGCACACCGGUCACAAUCCCUGCCUCCGGGUCAGAGGGUUUAGGUGCCGGUCUGAAUUUUAUCAUUGUAUGAAUAAAAUAUUUGGAUUUUAUCACAUUCUCUAGCCUGCUAAUACACUGAAACAAUCUAAGUUCGAGCAGACUUCACUGCUCUACUCUUGUGAGUGCUUUUUCUGAUUUUCUAUUUCAUUAUUAGUAGUAGUAGUAAUACUGCCCUAUUUGUUUCUUUCGGUUUCUCUCUUUUAUGAGAUACUAGAUUUGGACAACUGGCAAUUUUGCAUAUACUGACUUUUUAGCCUAGCACAUGUGAAUAGCAUUUAGGUAAGUAGAGUGCUUCUUUGUUGUUUUGCACAUAUUGUCGCACCACUUUACAUUACAAAGUACUAGUUUAUUUUUUGGCACAGUGCACUUUAUUUGAAUUUUGUAGAGUUGUGUGUACUACACUAUUUUAAAACAUAUGCAAUAUUGUAUAUUAUAUUGCAUUUGGAAGUUUAGACUAUAUAUUAGUCACACUUUAUUGUUGGUUUCUGAAAUGAAAUCUGGCUUAUUAAGCUUUAUUCUGUAUUUAAUGCAAAUUAGCACUUCACUUUAAAGUGGCACUGUCAUUUUUACUGAAAUUCCAAACCAUAAACUUGACAAACCUGUUAUUUCCCAAAGCAUUCACUAGUGGUUGCUGUCAGGAAAUUAAGCUCUUUCUUUCGUAGACUUUAAUGCUGUACUCUAGUGCAUGAGCAAGAGACAGUGCUGAUGUGGGCUCCUUAUGCAAAUGGUUACUGGUUUACCACAAAUUUUCUCUUAACUAUUUAAAAUUCACAAAACACUUGUAAUCUCUGUUAGAGCACAUUUAUAUAACAUGAGAUUUAAUAUUUACAAAAUACGUUUUAUGGUUACAUAAAUGACUUUACAGAUGAUUAAUAAAAUGUCCUUUUUCAGAGUGACUUUAUGCACCCACUUUGCUUUUAAAUUUCCCCAUAUCAGUUAGCUGUACCAUUUCCAGUUUCCUUCCGCCUGAAAGGAAAGGAUGUGAUUGUUGAGAUAAAGCGGCGUAGAAUGACUGUUGGUCUUAAGGGACAAACUCCAAUUUUGGAUGGUGAGCUCUUCAAUGAAGUCAAAGUUGAAGACUGUUCCUGGUUAAUAGAGGAUGGAAAAGUGGUGACUGUCCAUCUAGAAAAGGUAAGAGGGCAGCUAGUUAUGAAAAUGUUUUUUAAAAUGGGAAGGGGUUGACCACACCACUUCUAUCACUAUCCUGCACAUUCCAAAGUAGAUAAUGGACACACUGCCCUGCAUACUUGUGUUUCUGAAUAUCAAACAUGUCUCUUGCAGAUCAACACUAUGGAAUGGUGGAGUCGCAUUGUCCAGACAGAUCCAGAAAUUAACACCAAAAAAAUUAAUCCAGAGAACUCUAAGGUAUAUGGAGUAAGACUUCACUUAGUGAAGCUUUGUGGGUUUUUGUUUUUUCUUUCUAAUUUUGUGCUGGUUAAACGUGAAACGUAAAACGGUCUUGUCUCCCAAUUUCCCUAGCUCUCUGAUCUAGAUGGGGAAACCCGCAGUAUGGUAGAAAAAAUGAUGUACGAUCAAAGGCAGAAAUCAAUGGGACUGCCAACUUCAGAGGAGCAAAAAAAACAAGAUAUCUUAAAAAAGUGAGUAACGGAGAGCAGCUUGACAUAGCUCUGAAUAAAAGGAAAUGCCAUAUUAAUAGCCGUAUAUUGCUGUUAUUCAGGUCUAAAAAGAAUUAAAAAAAGACGUAGGCACCAUAACUGCUUUUUUUUUUUUUUUUUUUAAAGUGUUUAUAGUAUCUGGAAUCAUCUGUCACUGUCCUUCCCUUCAGCAUUAAACUGUAAAUGUUACUGCUAAAGGAGAGUCCCCAGCAAUCCAUCUUCUCUGUGCUGUUUUGGCCAACAAGGAAGUAUUAGUCUGAGUGCCAUUGCAAGUAUGAAUCAUUAUUGCUCCAAAGAGGUGUGUAAUCACUGUUUUUGUCUUAAUCAAUAAGAGUAAAGAAAGGUAAUUAUUAACCUCCUGGAGUGGGGGGUAACCCCUAGUGAGACUAGUCACUAUGGAAUAAGAGAGGGGGGGGAAAUGCCAGGAGAGAGUGAAAAAUAAGAACUAUCGCUGGUGGAGUGGCAAAUAUCAACCAAUUAAACUUAACUUUUAAUAUAGCGAUUAAGAGGUGAAAUAAACCACCACGACAAAAGAAAAGAAACUUCAAACAGAAAUAAUGUACAUAUUUACAAAACAACUAUCCUGAGUGUAGCUAUGUCUGUAUAUAAAAAAAUCUGGUAGUUCUACCCAAAUAUAGGGUUAAUGAAUACAGAGUAAGAUAGUACAAGCUGUAGCUUUGUGAGUUCAGGAUAAUUUAUUUCUUGCUCUUUCCUGGCUUUUUUUUUUUCCUCACUACCUUAAUCAUACCUGUACUGAUGACUGGGCUCUUGCAAGCCAGGGACCAUCGUUCAGAGUUAAACUGCUUGAAAAGGGUUUAACAUUGAAUGGAGGCACAGUGCUAGGGGACUCCAGUCACUAUUACUAAUUAAUUGUGAUGAAAUGGUUAUAGUGCACCCUUUCAAUAAGGAGUUCAGUGGUGAUGUUUUGUUUUUUCCUUUUGACAGGUUUAUGGAACAACAUCCAGAAAUGGAUUUCUCCAAAGCAAAAUUCAGUUGAACCUGUUCUCUACAGCCAGUCACUUUACCAAAGAACAGAUAAGAAAUAUUUGGCCUGUCCAUGUAACUGUUCUGAUUUACAUUAAAAUACAAAGUUGCCUACAGUUAUGCAGUCUGUACUAAAUGUAUGCCUGAUAAUACAUUUAAAGAAGCUGGCACUUGAUGGGGGCGAUGGGUAAAAUAAAGAUGCCUGGCUAAUUUCCUUGUUUGACCUAUUUAACCAAUUCCUGAUAAUAACUUUUUCCAAAGUAUGCAGACAGUGGCUCAUAUUCCUUAUUAUAUAGUUGGGUUGAGCAUACAAAAGAUAAAGAUGCAGCAGAAAACUUUCCUUCCUCAAUCUCCCAAAAAAAAAAAAAACUUAAACUUUGGAUAUUUUUAUAACAAAGUGUCUUUAAAAUGAGAGAGAAGAAUAUCCAAGACUGGUAUUUAAAUAAACCACCAUUUUACCAGCUCCCGACCAAAAAAAAAAAAAAAAACCUUCCACACAAUCAGAAGCUCAAAAAAAGUGAAGGUAGCUAGCAGGUUUAGAGCAAAAGGUAAGCCUGCAUUAUUAAAAGGAUCACACAGUCAUUGCCUGCCAAGGUGCACUAAAAUGACAGCAGCAUCCUGGUAUCGAGCAAGUUGCAUCCAACUCAACUGUAGAUUUAUUUUUUCCUCCUUUGCAAAUGAUCAACAGGAAACUUUCAGCAAUGGUGUCCCUGAGGAAUCUGUCUCGGUGUCCUGCAAUGAAUCAUCCUUCAGGAAAGAAGAACCUGUACAAAUAAGAGAUCAAUAAAUAUAUAAUGUUCAAACUCAUGUAUCCUGUGCGUUAGAAAAGUAAAACUCUCAAAACUACCUCCCCUCUAUCUAAACCAGGAAUUUCGAACAAAAUUUUGUAUUCAGCAUGUUAAAUAUCGGAUUGCAUAUUCGAGAUUCGUGUUUUACUCUUACCCAUGUCUACCUGUUAUUUUAAAUUAGAUUUUCAGGGUGGUUAAAAUGAGGAAAAAUUUUAAUACAUGUAUUUUGCUUGUAAAAGACCAUUUGGAACAACGGCAUUAAGAAGUAAAAUGUUAAAAAAAAUUAAAAAUUGAUAAAGGAAUUGAAUAUCCUUUAAGCCAUUAAACAAUUGCCUGCAGUAAAUAUUUAAUGGCUGGUAAUCUUGUAGAGCACCCGUUGAUCAAUAUAAAAGGUUUACAUGAAACACACACUAAUGAUGAACACUUGAGUGCCAGAGUUUCUGCACACAUCAAAUAACUGAACUAAAAAUGCACACAGUUAGCCAAACCUUAUAAGUUAGAUGUUUG